AUGGAUCAGUGUAUACUAGAUACUUUCAUUAUUAUUUAUAUUCGGAUUGUUGGAUCAUUAUUUAUAUCAACAUCAUCAUCAUCAUCAUCAUCAUCAUCAUCAUCAUCAUCAUCAUCAUCAUCAUCAUCAUCAUCAUCAUCAUCAUCAUCAUCAUCAUCAUCAUCAUCAUCAUCAUCAUCAUCAUCAUCAUCAUCAUCAUCAUCAUCAUCAUCAUCAUCAUCAUCAUCAUCAUCAUCAUCAUCAUCAUCAUCAUCAUCAUCAUCAUCAUCAUCAUCAUCAUCAUCAUCAUCAUCAUCAUCAUCAUCAUCAUCAUCAUCAUCAUCAUCAUCAUCAUCAUCAUCAUCAUCAUCAUCAUCAUCAUCAUCAUCAUCAUCAUCAUCAUCAUCAUCAUCAUCAUCAUCAUCAUCAUCAUCAUCAUCAUCAUCAUCAUCAUCAUCAUCAUCAUCAUCAUCAUCAUCAUCAUCAUCAUCAUCAUCAUCAUCAUCAUCAUCAUCAUCAUCAUCAUCAUCAUCAUCAUCAUCAUCAUCAUCAUCAUCAUCAUCAUCAUCAUCAUCAUCAUCAUCAUCAUCAUCAUCAUCAUCAUCAUCAUCAUCAUCAUCAUCAUCAUCAUCAUCAUCAUCAUCAUCAUCAUCAUCAUCAUCAUCAUCAUCAUCAUCAUCAUCAUCAUCAUCAUCAUCAUCAUCAUCAUCAUCAUCAUCAUCAUCAUCAUCAUCAUCAUCAUCAUCAUCAUCAUCAUCAUCAUCAUCAUCAUCAUCAUCAUCAUCAUCAUCAUCAUCAUCAUCAUCAUCAUCAUCAUCAUCAUCAUCAUCAUCAUCAUCAUCAUCAUCAUCAUCAUCAUCAUCAUCAUCAUCAUCAUCAUCAUCAUCAUCAUCAUCAUCAUCAUCAUCAUCAUCAUCAUCAUCAUCAUCAUCAUCAUCAUCAUCAUCAUCAUCAUCAUCAUCAUCAUCAUCAUCAUCAUCAUCAUCAUCAUCAUCAUCAUCAUCAUCAUCAUCAUCAUCAUCAUCAUCAUCAUCAUCAUCAUCAUCAUCAUCAUCAUCAUCAUCAUCAUCAUCAUCAUCAUCAUCAUUAUCAUCAUCAAAUGAGUUGAAUGAAAGUUGUAAAAGAAAGUUGACAUAA